AUGGCUUCUCCAGACUUUGAAACAGCGUGGAAACAACUCCCUCAUCCUGCCAAUCACCCGGCUUUUCGCUACAAUGGAUUCCAUCCAGGCCGCAUUACAAACCUCCCCAAAGGCCAUGUCAAGAAAGCAGGAUUUCAAGCGUUUCCCGUAGAUGUGACCUGGGAGCAAGACUGUGCGAUUAUUAUGCGCGAUGGGAUCAAGCUCUACGGGGAUGUCUUCCGACCGAGCCAUGCAGACAAAGUGCCCGCUAUUAUACCUUACAGUCCGUAUGGAAAGGUUGACUCGGGAAUUUUAUCCUAUGAUAUCAUGGGCCCCUACCGUAUAGGAAUCCCAUACCAGCGUCUGAGUGGGUAUGAGACAUUCGAAGGUCCUAACCCUGCUGAGUGGGCCGAGCGUGGAUAUGCAGUUGUGGACAUUGAUGCUCGGGGCUGCGCGCAUUCCGAGGGAAAUGUCGUUUUCUGGGGUCAGCAGGAGGCAGAGGAUAUCUUUGAUUGUAUUACUUGGGUCUCUCAACAGUCGUGGUGCAAUGGAUCAGUUGUUCUAGCUGGAAACUCGUGGCUCUCUAUUAGCCAGACCAACUUCGCCUCUCGGCUUUCUCACCCAGCCCUGAAAGCAAUCGCUCCAUGGGAAGGUCUUUCAGAUCCAUAUACUCAGCAAAACUGCCGUGGUGGGAUCCCCAAUCCAUUCUUUUUGGAUAUGAUCACAAGCGCAUUUGCCGGUCCAGCCAAAGUAGAGGAUCUGGGGAAAAUGCUGCAAGAGCAUCCAUUGUAUGAUGCAUACUGGCAGAGCAAGAAUAUCGAUACCAAGAAUAUUCGUGAUCUCCCGGUAUACUUCACAGCCUCUUACUCAACGGGCCUCCACUCAGAAGGAUCUUUCGGUGGAUUCCAAAUAGCAUCUACUCCUAAGAAAUGGAUUCGGAUUCACAAUUCUCAGGAAUGGCACGACAUCUACACUGUCGCAGCGAACGACGACCUGCAGCGCUUCUUCGAUUUCUACGCGAAGGGUAUCCAAAACGGCUGGGAAGAGGACACUCCCCCAGUCCGACUCACCUUGCUGGGCUUCGAAAAUAGCCCAGCAAAAACAAUUGUCGAGCGACCUGAGGCACAGUGGCCUCCCGCAAGCCUGAAAAUGGAGAAGUACUAUCUUGACGCUACCACCAAGUCCCUCCGUCAUUCCAAACCAGACGCCGUCGCCACAGCAGCACAUGAAAGCCACUCUUUGACCGACUCCUCGGACUUCAGCAUGAUGUUCCCCGAGUACACAGAGCUCUCCGGACGACCAUUCGUGAAACUCUUCAUGUCCGCCCCCUCGCAUGAUGAUCUUGAUGUCGUCGUGCAGAUUCGCAAGCUCUCUGCCACUGGAGAAGUCCUCGAGUCUCUCAAUUGGUCUCCCAUGCCACAACCCCAGCCAGAAGUGCCCAAUAUAAAUGUCGCCAAGCAUCUCGGUCCCCAGGGCAUGCUGCGUGCAUCUCAUCGCGUGAGUAUGGUCCCGCGAUGCAAUGAGGACGAGUAUCCGUCCUAUGACCACCGUUCUCGGCAAGCAAUUACGCCGGGUGAAAUUGUGGAGCUACUUAUUCCCAUUUGGCCCAUGGGAGUGGUGUAUGAAGCAGGCGAGGGAUUAGUGCUGAAGAUCGCAGGCCAUGAUAUGGCGCUGCCAGAGACUGAGUCGUUGAGACCGACUGAGCCUCGCGAUGAGAAUAAGGGACAGCAUAUUGUCCACACCGGCGGAGAAUAUGAUAGUUAUCUCGUUCUUCCGCGCAUUGCAUAG